CAGAGGCAGCGCGGCCAUUACUGUUACAGGAGAGUUGCACAGUUCCAGUUGCUUUUUCCUCACCAAAGAAAUCAGAGCCGCCGACCGGCCUGCACACAUCCACACAGGGCUGACCGAGCGAUGAAAGACCCGAGCAUCAGCAACAUCGCACCCAAGAUGACGAUCAGCAACGAGGUCAUCCUGAGCAACCAGUUCAUCUCCGAGGAGGACCCGUUCGCAGAGUACAUGUGGAUGGAGAACGAAGAGGAGUUCAACAGGCAGGUGGAGGAGGAGCUGUGGGAGGAGGAGUUCAUCGAGCGCUGCUUCCAGGAGAUGCUGGAGGAGGAGGAGCAGUGGGAGUGGUUCAUCCCGUCCAGAGACCUGCCCUCUGCCGCCGUCAGUCAGCUGCAGGAGCAGAUCGGCCUGCUGGUGCUGGACGCAGACGUCCACGCAGACACAGACCGGGACGUCGUGAUGAACAGCAAUCUCAACCCCAACGCCAAGGAGUUCACCCCGGGCAUCCAGAAACAUGUCAUGUGACCCCCAGCAGGCCCCGCCCCCCCGCCCAGCCCCGCCCCCCAGUCCGCACUGUGACAUCGCCUACAAGAUGUCUGCUGUAUUUUCCAGCCGCCUCUCCACCUUCAGCCUGACGUGUUGCCAAAGUUCUGCGCUUGCAUGUGUUCAAGUUCAGAGGACGUUGCUGUCAGUCACUGCAGCCCCCCCCAUCAGUCUGUCUGCCCCCACCUCACCCCCCCCCACCCCGCCCGUCUCCCUGCCCUCUCUGAAUGUAACUCAGCUGCGUUGGUGUGGACUUCAGAACAAGCUGCUCUGCGUCGCCUCCACAUUCGGCUUUUAUUUGCACUUUUCUUGGUAAAACUCCCGAGUCGUCGUUCGAGCCCGUGUUGUUUUCCCGAAGUCUCCCGCAGCCACUCCUCCCCGCGUUCCGAAGCACUUUCCCUGCCAGUAGGGCGAUUCUUACCGUGUUAUAGAGCUCUGGGUCUCUCCUGGUUUGAGGUGGCUCCGAUGGGAUCUGACGUCUUCUCAUCACACCUACUUUAUAUCGGCCUCAGAUCCCGGCUGACGCACCUUAAACCAGCGGAUCCACUUUGAAUUUGUAUUCCUUGUGGUCUAGUUCACUUUAAACUUUAAACUCAACUUCUUCGACUGAGUUGAAAGUAGCUUCAUCUACAUUAGAGUCGCUCUUUGAUUUAGUUGCUUCGAUCUGUUUCCGUUCAGUUUAGUGUAAUCUAGUUCUCAGCAGAUUAUAAUCCAGUUUAGAACCAGUCUGAAUCAGUUCGCUCUCCUGUAGGACCGGUUUUAACCCAGUUAGAACCAGUCUAGUUCCCUUUAAACCAGAAGCCUCCAGCUCCUCUAAUCUAACCAAUCCGAUCCAGUUUGUUUUUUUUUACUGGUAUUUGUGUGUUUUGGUUCUUCUUGGAACAUUUCCCUGCAUCCUUUGUGUUCUCCACGCUCUCUGACACCGUGUCGCUCUGCUGCCUCGUUAACUGAUGUUGUGUUGACUUUGUUUUUCUAAAUGCACAGAAAGUACUGUAUAAAAAGUCAUAUAAAAUACAAAAUAUGU